GUCAGCGGUAUUGGUAUGUUGGUGCUACUUCAUAUAAGCGUAGUUUACCGUUGGCGUCUUAAAAUUGCAAGUCAACAAAACUGGUAAAAAGACCACAGUAAAAUAGUAAAAUUCGGCCCCAAAACUGAAAAGUUAGCGUGAAUUUGAUAAAAGGAAAGACCUUCUUUUGUCAUGAAUUCACAGGAAGAAAAAAAAAGCGAGGCAGAAGCGGAAAUACAACGAGAAACGGGAGAUAAUGGAGAUAAGAACAGUGAAAAAAAGAAUACGGAGAAAGAUUUGGAAGUGAAUGAUGAGAAAAAGGAGACAGAGAAAAUUAAGCCAAAUGAAGUGGAAGAUGAUGACGAAGAGUUUGAGGAUGCAAAAGAUAGUCAUGAAAAUGGUGGAGAGGGUGUUGAGGAUAAGGAAGGGGAUGAGAAUAUUGGUGAAGAACAAGGAGGGCAACAGGAGGUGGAUGAUGGUGAAGAUGAGGUAAGUGGGGAUGGGGAGACAAGUGAAGAUGAAGACAGCAAUGAUGAUGAAGAAAGCGAUGAUGAUGAAGAGGAGGAUGAGGAGGGUGGAGAUGAGGAUGAGGAGGGUGAACAUGAGGAUGAGGAGGGUGACAAUAAGGUGGGUGAAGAUAAGGUGCAUAAAGAUGAGGUGGGUGAAGAUGAAGUGGGUGAAGAUGGUGAUGAACACAAAGACUUGGGUGAAGAUAAUGUUGGAGGUGAAGAGGUGGGUGAAGUUAAAAAAGAGGCACAGGAUGAUGAUAGAGAGGAGGGUGAGAUAUUGGAUGAUGAUGGUGGUGAAGGGAAGGGCCAGGUAGGUGAGUUGGAGGAGGGUGAAAUUGUGGAUGAUGAUGAAGACGUGGUUGUUGAGGAUGAAGAGGAUGUUGAUGAAGAAGGGAAGGCUAUAAAGAAGAAAGAAAAUGAGGAGGAUGGUUGGAAAGAAGAUGAAGAAGAAAAGAAAGAACCAGAGGAGAGAAAUGUGACCAAAAUGGGUUUCUGGUCUCAUGAUACACGCUUUAGCGAAGAUUAUGAUGAAGCAAGGACCAAUGCUAGAAAUAGAAAACUCUGGGACAAAACAGAAGUAAAAUGGGCCCAUGACCUCUAUGUUGAAGAUGACCAGAAACCAAAGACAAAGGAAGAGCUUGAGGAUUCUGCUCGGUUCAUUGACAAUUUAAAGAACAGAGGAAGAGGUCGACGAGGUCAGAAACUGAGCGAUUUUGUAAAAACAGACAACAAAGGACGCUUCGGGAGAAGGCGGAAUGAGGGACAGCGGAAUGAAGACGGAGGAGAGGGUAACGACCGCAGAAGAAAUACCGGGCGAAGAGACUACGAUAGUUUUAAAGAUGGCGCUCAGAGACGUCGCGAGUUUGAAAGAGAGAACAAGGAAGACUGGAAUGAGGAGUCCGGUGAAAGAAGAAACGAGGGUGACCGAAGACGGGAUGAUGGAGGAGAGGGCUCACAGCGGGAUCGAAGGCGUAAUGAGGGUAGCGAUAGGGAUAGAAGGGGACGCUAUGAUGAUAGGCGUGAGGACGUCGAGGGAUCGCGCAAUCGUGGUGGAGACAAAGACAGGGAGACUCGAGGAGACAGAGGAUUCGAUAGGAACAAAAAGGGACAGAACAGAGACAGAGGAUUCGAUAGGGACAAUAGAGGACAGAACAGGGAUAGACAGCGUGAAGAUGGCAACAAGCAGGGUGAAGGCAGGAUCAACCGUGACACCAGGGAACAUGACACAAGGGACCGGCAACGAGACGAUAGGAGGGAUCAAAGGGAUAACAGAGGAUUCGAUCGGGACAAUAGGAGACGUGACAGAGGUAGACAAGGAGAUGGUGAAGGGUUCAACCGUGACUCAAAGGGACGGGACAGGGAUACAAGAGGACAAGGUUUUGGGAACCGGGAAGAAAGGGGUGGUAAUGAGAGACGGAAUGAGAGACAGGGGGCGAACAACAACGAAAAAGCGACAGCAAAAAAAGAGACAGGCUUUGGUAGACCAGGUAACAAAAGGCAGGAAGAAACUGAGGAGAACUGGGAAGAGGAAACGAAUGAAGAAGUAAGGAAUGAAGAUCAGAAUGAAAGAAAUGAAAAACAAACGAGGGAUCGAAGACUUCGCGACAACGAGGAACGAUCACAAAGACGUGAUCCCGAAAACAGACCGGCAAGAAACGAAAGGUCCCCGAAGGAACGACGACAAGAAGGCGAGCAGGAAGAUCGCAGAAACAGAAAGCCUCGUUCUCGUGAAGAUGAGGGCGACAGACGAGGAAGAGACAGCAGGGAAGAGAGAGAUGGUAAAAAGAGAGAGAGAAACGUUGCUGAUGAGAAAAACGAUAAUGAAAACGAAGAAAGGAAAAAGACUGAAGAAAAAAGAGCUGGCGAUGAUCAAAAGCCUGAAAGGGACGCGGACGACGCCUCGGAGGGAAGAAGUACGAGAAAGUGGAGCGAGAUGAGAAACAAAGCCAAAGGACGGGGAAAGCCGCUGACCAAGGCCAAGAAAACUGCGGCUGACUUCGCGCGGGAAGCGGAAUUGGAGAGGCGGAAAAGCGUAGAGCUGGCGGACGAGGAAGCGCCCGAUGUGGAAUCGGGAAGAUUUUCUAAUGCCCAGAGCGAUGAUGAGGGAAAUGCUGGCGAAGUGUUGGAGAGUAAAGAACAAGAGGUAUCUGAGCCUGCGGCUGUUUCCAGCGGUCGUAAGCGUUACUCUGCUCAACGUCAAAAGCCCGUGAUGACAACGGCCGUCGAGACACCAUUACAACCUGUCGUUGAGUCAUCACCCAGAGAACAGCAGAUAAUCUAUGUUACACCACAAGGCUAUCCUCCGAUGUAUUACGCACAGCAACCAACCCUUCAAACGCAAGAAAUCAAUCCAGCGAUGUUACGACCCAUUUUGCUUCAAAACGGCCACUAUGCUAUGGCACCUCCGUCAAACGCCCCUACCGGAGAAUUUGUACAUAGUAUACCCAUGCAGGCCGGACAAUAUGACCAUGCACAGAACUUCACUGAUCCCAAUACAGGCAUGGUUUAUACCUCUCAACAAUUUCCAAUGAUUCCGAAUUUACCGCCUUUCAUGCCACAACAGGUCUUUCCGUCUGAAGUGGCGCCACCGGGGGGAUAUUACCAGCAAAACAUGCCGGCACCUCCACGACAAGGCAGCCCAGGUCAACCUAUACAGCCCAUGCAACCGGUACAACAGGUUUUAGUGGAACCUGCUAAAACGAGUUCAGCAAGAAAAAGAACUGCAGCGAUUCCUAUAAAAUCACCUGAAGUAGAGGCCGUCCAGGCAAACAACUGAAGUUAUAAACUGAAAUUGCAUUACCACAAUAUUGAAUUCAUCUAUAGUUUUCAUUGAUUUUACCCGGUUUGUUUUAAUAUUCUGGGAAACUUUUAUCUUUCCUACGGCUUCACGAGGUUUUUCUAGAAACAUAUUUUCAACUUUUGUAUUUAAAUUUUAAUAUAAUAAUCCCGAGAGAUCGACUUGUAAAAGAAAAAGGUAAUUUUACUCACGAUCGUUAACUGCGAACAUGAUCCAGGUUGCCCGAGAUAAAACAAGGAACGUGAAAUAUUUUGAUGUAUUGAAAUAAAUAAAAUGCAUCAUUCUGCCAGUGUAGUAGUCAUUAUGACAAUAGAUAUUGCCUUUUUGGUCUCAUAAGCACUAAUUCUAAUACUUCAAAAUCAUUUACGCUUUUUAAAUCUCGGGUGACUGGGAUCAUGGCGACAGACCCCGGAAAAUCUCCAUUGUCUGCGGUCUUUGUGGGCACAUAAUUUUUAGAACGUCAGAAUGAAGUAAUUAUCCGAUUCUUAGCAGUAUUGGGAACCAUCAUUUCUUGCAUUUGACGCUAACAUUAACGGAGAAUUUGUAGACGUGUACUUCAGUGUAAAUAUAUUAUUACGUGACGUACUUUCAUACACCAAAUCUCAUACGAGUUAUGAUAUACUUGAUGUU